AGACCGGCUCUGCAAUAAAGGUGUUCAACUGGAUCCAGAUCUGGUGACUGUGGAGGCCAUUAAAGUACACAGAAACCAGUCUGAGCUCGGUUGAUAACUGCAGCAGCAAUGGAUCGACUGAGGUCUGCCUUUAACAACAUGAUUAAAAGCGAGCAGUACAGCCGCUUCACCCUGCAGCCGGCGGAGGACGGAGAAAGGCACGUUGAGGUCAAACUGUCCGACGACGCCACAGAUGACACCACGGAGGUCGAGGGCCAGGCGGGGGGCUCCCCGAGCUUCAGGCCAGUUCCUCUGCGUCAGGGCCGGCAUAACAUUUGCUACCUGGCCCUGGGAGCCCUGCUGAUAUUUGUUACUGGUUACAUGGUUGGUUUCAUCAGCCACCGUAAACCUCGAGUGGAGCCUCCAGUGAACCAGGAACCUGAGAUCGAGACGUCGCCGCCUGCUUCCGCACCAGCUCCAGACCCACAGCUGAACUGGCAGGACCUUACCCAGCUCCUCACUCAGAAACUCACCAGCGAGGCCUUUGAUAAGACUCUGAGGGACUUUGAUCGGCCCAGCCGUUCCGCAGGAAGUGCAGAUGAUAUGCAUCUGGCAAACCUCAUCUUUGAUGAUUUCAAGAAGCUGGAAAUGGAUCCAUGGACUGAUAUUCACUUCGCUCAGCUGCAGAUGCCAAACAGCACGCAGCCAAACCGCGUCCUUUUCGAGUCGAAUGUCUUCAAGCCCACAGGGUAUCUGGCCUACAGUGCUACUGGGGAAGUUCAGGGCAAGCUGGUGUAUGGCAACUAUGGUCGUCAGGAGGAUCUGGACGUUCUGCAGAAGAAGAGCGUUGAGCUGAAAGGCAGCGUGCUGCUGCUCCGAUGUGGAAAGAUCAGUUUUGCAGAGAUGGUGGAUAAUGCUGCGACAAAGGGGGCCGCUGCUGUUCUAAUCUACCCUGACAUUCAGGAUUACAAGUAUCUAGCAGACACAGCACUGUAUGGACACGUCCAUCUGGGUUCAGGCGACCCUUACACGCCGGGAUUCCCCUCCUUCAACCACACCCAGUUCCCCCCAACUCAGUCGUCUGGUCUCCCCAAAAUCCCAGCCCAGACCAUCACCGCCAACAUGGCCUCUACUCUCCUAAAGUCAAUCGACGGUCCUGAAUCAGACAUGAGCAGCGGUUUUAAAGGCGGCUUCACCUCGGUGUCUUACAGACUGGGAGGCAGCAAGAACAUCACUGUGGAGGUGAACAACGUGCUGGUCAACAGGGAGCUCCACAAUGUGUUUGGAGUCAUCAAAGGAUUCACUGAUCCUGAUCGUUAUGUGGUCCUGGGAGCUCAGAGAGACGCCUGGGGUAAAGGUUACACCAGAGCUGCUGUUGGCACCUCCAUACUGAUGGAACUGGCCAAGGCUUUUCACAAUAUGGUGGAGAACGAUGGAUUCAGGCCGAGGAGAAGCAUUGUGUUUGCAAGUUGGUGUGCUGGAGAGUUUGGAAAUGUUGGCGCCACCGAGUGGUUGGAGGGUUAUAUGUCGUCUAUUGACAGAAGUGUUUUCACCUACAUAAACCUGGACGGAGCAGUUAUGGGUCGAGGAAGCUUCGUGGCCUCAGCCAGUCCGCUGCUCUACAGCCUCAUUGAGCGCACGAUGAAAGAGGUGAGGAAUCCUGUCGGCGCUGGCACUGUGUACGACAUGGUGGGAAAGAGUAACUGGCGGGCCAAUGUACUGAAGCCAAUUAAGAUGGACGACCCCGCCUAUCCCUUCCUGGCCUUCUCUGGAAUUCCCUCCAUCUCUUUCCACUUCAUCUCCCCCAAUACCGAGUGCUACCCUUACUACGGCACCAGCCUGGACAACAUGGAUCACCUCGAUUACCAAACCAACCAUCGCACCGGAGAAAUGACGGCGCUGGCGGCGCAGUUUGCCGGGCAGAUGGCUCUGCGACUGGUCCACAACCACCUGCUCUUUCUGGAUGUGAGCCGCUACAGCAACGUCAUCAUCCAGGCCGUGUCCAAGGUCAACAAACGCAUCAACCAGCUCUCUCAGUCUGGUCAGCUGAAGGGCGUGAGUCCCAACUGGCUGAACCGAGCAGGAAACGCCUUCCGCCGAGCCGCUCAGAACAUCAACACCUUCAUCGACAACACCGACUGCAAUGACAAGGAGGCCUGUCGCAUCCUCAACGACAGGAUCAUGAGGGUUGAGCACUCCCUCCUCUCUCCGUACGUGUCCCCCAUUGAGGCUCCUUUCCGCCACCUCCUGCUGGGCCGGGGCUCCCACACGUUGGCGUCCAUCGCCGAGAUCACCGACAUGGAGCAGCUCCACACCCAGCUGGCCCUGGCCACCUGGACCCUGCAGGGGUGUGCCAACGCCUUGGCGGGAGACAUCUGGGACAUCGACGACGAAAUCUAAAAAAGAAAAAAGAAAAGAUGCGAGUGUGUGUGUGUGUGUUUGUGUGUGUGUGUGUGUAUGGUCGAAAUUAAGUUUUGAGGUUAUGUAGGAGCUCCAGUAUCGGCACUUAAGCACAAGCUGUCAAUCAAACGUCUCACCCUUUAAAUACAGGCGUAUAUUCAAGUUUUAUUUGUGGGGAACAGAAACUUUGUCCCACAAAGAUCCA